CCGUUUUUUUGCGCCGAGGCCAGCUUGACCUCCCACGUACCCCUGAGGCUUGGCAUUUCGCGUGCCCCCUCUCCCAUCCGGCUCGUCCUAGCGGUGGAGACGAUGCGCCGCACCACCCGCCCGAGGGCGCCCCCCGGAGGGCAGGACGCAGACGAUGGCGGCGACGAUCUUCGUAGUAGUCUAUCCUCGACCACCAGGGCUGAACGAAACGGCCGAGGCAAGGGCGGCGGAGACGGACCAGGAGCAGCCGCCGCGUGGCCCGAGACCCCCUCCAGCGCCGAUGGCGCGUCAACAGUGGCGGCUUUCGUCGUGGCGUGCCUCGCCGCCUCGAAGACGUCUGAAGCGGAGCAGGCUGUCGACAGGCACUUGGCGAACACCAGCCUUGCGGCUUGCAGAUCCUUCUACUUCACAGUGAUGAGUCAGGGUGCGAACGUCCGCUGCCCACCGGUGGUGGCGUGGUGCCUUGAGCAGCUGCAGCAGAAGGGCCACGCUCUGGACACAGGCAUCUUCAACAGCGUAAUGAACGCGUACGCGAAGAUGGGCGACGUCAAAAGCGCGGAGCACUUCUGGCAUGUCAUGGAGGACUGCUGCAUCAGGCCGAACAUUGUGUCUUUUAACACGAUGAUCAACGCCUGCGCCCAGGCGCGCGACGUUAAGCGUGCGGCUUGGUGGUUUUCCGCGAUCCAGUCUGCUGGGUGGCAGCCAAAUCGCAUCAGCUUCGGCACCAUGAUCAGCUCGCACGCCAAGCUCGGCAACGUGGACGAGGCCGAGGCGCUGGCCGGGCAGAUGGGCGAGGCAGGGCUUCAGAGGGACGAGGUCGUGUACAACUCUCUGAUCAACGCGUGCGCGAAGGCCGGCGCGCAGCAGAGGGCCGAGCACUGGAUGCGGGCCAUGCUGGGCGAGGGCAUCGUGCCGAACCAGAGGGCCUUCAGCGGUCUCAUCCAGGCCUGCGUCCGUAGCAGCGACCUCUCCAAGGCAGAAGAAUGGUUCGACUGCAUCGAGAAGGUCGGCGGCUCAACAGACAUGAUCGCCUUCAACUCGAUGAUCCACGUGGCCGCGAAAAUCGGGAACGUGAAGCAGGCAGAGCACUGGAUGUCACGGAUGAUCCGGCGGAUUUCUCACGGCAUCACUCCCAACGUCGUGUGUUUGAACACUCUGUUGCAUGCGUUUGCCCGCAGAGGGGCCUACAAGCAUGCCGUGGAGUGGGUGGCACGGAUGCGGGCCCACAACGUGACUCCAAACAGGAUCACGUUCAACACCAUGCUGCACGCGAGCAUUGCCGGUGGUGAGCCUAAGGAUACCGAGCAGUGGCUGCGAUGCAUGGUCCAAGAAGGGCUCCACCCUGACAAGGUUACUGUCUCGACGCUGCUGACAACGAAGCGCUUGGGCAUGCCCGUAUCGGCGGAGCGGGAGCAGUGGGUGUACCAGACCGUGGCCCGUACCUACGAGGCGUUGGGCGACCGCCACAGCGCGGAGACCUGGUGGGGGCAGAAGUGGAAGGACCCCGGCGCGGCCCGCGGCCAGGAGGGCGGCCAGCCUCCGCAACGGCAGCAGCCCGAGCAGGCAGAGCCGCGUCAGCACCAGCAGCUGUCGCGACCCCCGGGUGACUGGGGCGAGGCGGGCCAGGGCCACGGCAGCAGCAGCCCCAGCCGCCCGAGGCCGCGAGACGCGAGCCCGCAGCGCCAGAGGGGCACCAGCAGCGGCGGCAGCAGCGAGGGCUGGGCGGUCCCGACGCGGGGCGGCUGGCAGGCCUGGCCGCACGGGCCCUGGGCGGCGGGCCGGCAGACCAGCGGGUGGGCGUCCAGCAGCACCGCGACUGCCAUUCCGAGCAUGCUGGCGGCCGACCCGGCCUACACGCUCUCGAGCUCCACGCUCUCGGUCGGGUUCUCCAGGCAGCACUCGCAGGAGGUGCCGAGCGCCGAGCACCUGCCGCAGCUGAGCGACGAGGGCGGCCAGCCCUGGGGGACGGCGGGCCAACACACGGAGAUGGACAGCCAGUGGCAGCUCGCAGCCAUGCCGUGGCCGCUGCUCGCAGCGCCGCCAGACUCCGCGAGGUGGGGCUACGACCCAGACGUGGGCUCUGGCCACAUGGGCGACGACAAGGCUGGGGUCCAUCGGGUUUUUCGCCUAUAG